AUGCACUAGCCCAAGAAGGUUGAGGACAUCAAUGGGAGGCUUCACCAUUCUUUUCUUCUUCUCCUCCACAUUACUGUCCAUCUUCAGAACCUCUGCUGCAGUAGACACCAUAACUCAAGCUCAAUCUAUAGAUGAUGGGGAGACCAUUGUUUCAGCUGGUGGGGAUUUUGAACUGGGUUUUUUCAGCCCUGGCAGUUCUGAGAAUCGGUACCUGGGAAUAUGGUACAAGAAGAUAUCUACUGGGACAGUAGUUUGGGUGGCCAACAGAGAUGUCCCAUUAAACGAUUCAUCUGGAAUUUUAAAGCUUGAUGAACGGGGAACUCUAGUCCUUCUCAAUAAAGCCAACAUGACCAUUUGGUCUUCCAAUUCGUCAAGGUCAGUACAAAGCCCAGUUGCACAGCUCUUGGAUACAGGAAAUCUUGUUGUGAGAAAUGAAAAUGAUAGUGACCCAGAAAACUUCCUUUGGCAAAGUUUUGAUUAUCCAGGGGACACUUUUCUACCAGGAAUGAAGUAUGGAAAGAACCUGGUAACUGGCCUGGAUAGUUAUCUAACAUCAUGGAAGAGAACAGAUGAUCCUUCAACUGGUGAUUUCACUAACAGGCUUGAUCCUAGAGGAUUUCCACAAAUGUUUCUAAAGGAGGGUUCAGUUGUGACGUUUCGAUCAGGUCCCUGGAAUGGUCUUCGGUUUAGUGGUAUGCCUAAUUUAAAACCGAAUUCAAUUUAUACCUUUCAUUUUGUCUUGAAUCAAAAGGAGAUAUACUACACUUAUGAACUUAUCAACCGCUCAGUUGUGACACGGAUGGUAUUGAGUCCAAAUGGUGUUCUGCAGCGCUACACAUGGAUUGAUCGCAGGCAGGGCUGGCUCCUAUACUUGACUGCACAGAUGGAUAACUGUGACCGCUAUGCAUUAUGCGGUGCAUAUGGUAGUUGUGACAUCAACAACUCCCCUGCAUGUGGAUGUUUGAAAGGCUUUGUGCCGAAACACCCAAAUGAUUGGAAUGUUGCAGAUUGGUCAGGUGGUUGUGUUCGUAGGACUCGACUGAAUUGUCAAAAUGGAGAUGGUUUUCUGAAGUAUCCUGGAGUAAAAUUGCCAGACACACAAGAGUCCUGGUUUAAUAUGACAAUGAAUCUUAAGGAAUGCAAGAUGAAGUGCUUGAAGAACUGUAAUUGUACAGCUUAUGCAAAUUCAGAUAUCAGAAAUGGAGGGAGUGGAUGCGUGCUUUGGUUUGGCAACCUGAUUGAUAUUAGAGAGUACAAUGAAAAUGGGCAAGAUCUUUAUGUAAGGAUGGCUGCCUCAGAAUUAGAGGAAUAUGAAAGCUCUGACCAGAAGAAACUAGUGAAGAUCAUAGUCAUCCCCAUAGGUCUUGCAGGACUCAUUCUCCUAGUCAUAUUUGUGAUCUUGCAUGUCUUGAAGAGGAAGAGACUUAAGAAGAAGGCCCCUUUGGGAGAAGUAACAAUGGGGCACAAUCCAGAGAGAGAUCACACAAAUGAAAGUGAGAAGGAAGAUUUGGAGUUACCAUUAUUUGACUUUGACACAAUAGCUGAAGCCACUGACAACUUUUCCAGAAGCAAUAAACUUGGACAGGGUGGUUUUGGACCUGUUUACAAGGGUAUGUUGAGAGGGGGACAAGAAAUAGCUGUGAAGAGGCUCUCAAAGAAUUCAAGACAAGGACUCGAUGAGUUCAAGAAUGAAGUUUUAUGCAUUGCCAAACUUCAACACCGGAACCUCGUGAAGCUUCUAGGAUAUUGCAUUCAAUAUGAAGAAAAGAUGCUGAUCUAUGAGUACAUGCCCAACAAGAGCUUGAACUCCUUUAUUUUUGAUCAAACACAAAGCAUGUUACUGGAUUGGCCCAAGCGUUUCCACAUUAUCAAAGGGAUUGCUCGUGGACUUCUCUAUCUUCAUCAAGACUCCAGACUGAGAAUUAUCCAUAGAGAUCUCAAAGCCAGCAAUAUUUUAUUAGAUCAGGAGAUGAACCCCAAGAUCUCAGACUUUGGCAUGGCCAGAAGUUUUGAAGAAAAUGAAACAGAAGCAAAUACAACUAGAGUAGUGGGAACCUACGGGUACAUGUCCCCAGAGUAUGCAGUUGAUGGCCUCUUCUCAGUAAAAUCCGAUGUCUUUAGCUUUGGGGUUUUGGUGCUAGAGAUUGUGAGUGGAAAGAGAAAUAGAGGAUUCUGUGAUCCAGAUCACCACCUCAACCUUCUUGGACAUGCAUGGAGACUCUACAGAAAAGGCAGGUCUAUCGAACUGACUGAUGCAUCUAUACAGCAAUCAUGCAAUCCACUCGAAGUGCUACGAUCAAUCCAUGUGGGACUAUUGUGUGUGCAACAAAGCCCAGAUGAUAGGCCAAGUAUGUCAUCUGUGGUUAUGAUGUUGGGUAGUGAGAUUGCAUUGCCUCAACCAAGAGAGCCUGGUUUUUUCAUUGCAAGGAGAAUGAUUGAAGCAGCAGAUUCUUCUUCAGGCAUAUAUGAGCCAUGUUCAGUCAAUGAUAUAACUGUUACAUUUUUAGCUGCUCGAUAAGAAGAUUUUUCAUUUUCAUUUUCAGAUGCUUCAAACUUGUAAAGUCCCAUCAAUUUUCAAUAUGUAUCUACUUUAACAGAUACUUGGCAAAGCAUACCUGGUUGUUUGCUCAUAAUAAACUUGUUAUACAUAGGCCUACUGUU